UGAGUCCCUCCCAACCCAAACCGUUCUGUGAUGGCGAUGAGCUCCGCAGGUUGGGAAUGGAGGAGGUGCUGCCCGUAGGGGUGCAGCGCUGUGCCGGCGUUUAUCAGGGGGUUCUCGUUGCUUUUGGCCCCGAUGUCCCCCCCCUGCAGUGCAGGGCUGUGAGCUGCCUGUUGGGGUCAGGUCUGCAAGGCUUCCUGAACGCCUCUGUGUGUGCAGAGGGUGUUUGUGCCCCUCGGAUCCCAUAGGAUCUCUGUGCUCGGAGUGGGGGAGCGCAGGGGUAGGGAAGCAGAGCUGUUUGUUUAGCAGCCAUCACUGAGGGGGCUGCAGUGCUGCUGCCGGGGCUUUGGGGCGAGCGUUGGUGGCAUCCCGAGUUGCCUUUUGUCUUCCUUUGGUUUUUCCCUGUGUUCUGGGCUGGUGUUGGUUUAUCUGGGGUUUAUUUGGGGGAGGUGGGCGCACUUCAAACCUUUGGCACAAGCACUGGUGGCUUCCUGAGCUGCCUUUUGUCUUCCUUGGUUCUUCCCAGUGCUUCUGUAUUUCUUGGGACGGCGUUUGGGGUUUAUCCGGAGUUUAUCUGGGGAAGGUGGAGGAGCUGCAAACCUGAACACUUCUGGAGCUGUGAAUGUUAAGGAGCAGGGAUGGGAGGUGCAGGGGGAAACACAAAGCUGGCAGUCCUGGCCCACGUGGACGCACGCAGCUCCUCCCACACGAAGCUCUGGGAUUUCAUGGCAGUUUUUACCCCCUGCGCGAACCCAAAUCGUUUCCUCCCCUUCUUUGCCCCGCUGCUUUUCCUCUCGUACAUCCGCAGUCCUAACUCCGCGUUGUCUCUGCAGAUGCCUCAUUCCAGAAGGUUCCGCUCGUCGGAGCGCAGCAGCCGGGGCAGCUUCCACGAGCGUUACAGGAGCCGCAAACACAAGAGGCGGCGGUCGAGAUCCAGCAGCAGCGAACGUGAGAGGAGGCACCGCCGGGAGGGCAGCUACCACGUCCGCUCCAGGAGCUACGACGACCACUCAGCAGACAGGAGGGCCUACGACCGCCGUUACUGCGACAGCUACCGCCGCAACGAUUACAGCCGGGAGCGAGGAGAGCCCUACUACGACCCCGAGUACCGGCAUUCCUACGAGUACCGGCGCUCCCGGGACCGCGACGGCAGCUACCGGAGCUGCAAAAGCAGCCGGCGUAAGCACAGGCGGAGGCGGCGCCGCAGCCGGUCCUUUAGUCGUUCCUCAUCGCAGCGGAGUCGACAGAGCAGCAGAAGGGCCAAGAGUGUGGAGGACGACGACGAGGGGCAUCUGAUCUAUCGCGUCGGCGACUGGCUACAAGAAAGAUAUGAGAUUCUCAGCACUUUAGGGGAAGGCACGUUCGGCAGAGUGGUGCAGUGCAUGGAUCACCGGAGGGGUGGUGCACGUGUUGCUCUCAAAAUCAUUAAAAAUGUGGAGAAGUACAAAGAGGCUGCCAGGCUGGAGAUCAACGUGCUGGAGAAAAUCAACGAGAAGGAUCCUGAGAACAAGAACCUCUGUGUCAGGAUGUUUGACUGGUUUGACUACCACGGCCACAUGUGCAUCUCCUUUGAACUGCUGGGCCUCAGCACUUUUGAUUUCCUGAAGGACAACAAUUAUCUGCCUUACCCCAUCCACCAAGUGCGGCACAUGGCCUUCCAGGUGUGCCAGGCUGUGAAAUUUCUGCAUGACAACAAACUCACUCACACCGACCUCAAACCUGAGAACAUCCUCUUUGUCAACUCUGACUACGAGCUCACCUAUAACCUGGAAAAGAAGCGGGAUGAGCGCAGUGUGAAGAGCACAGCCAUCAGAGUGGUGGAUUUUGGCAGUGCCACGUUUGACCACGAGCAUCACAGCACAAUUGUGUCUACCAGGCACUACCGGGCCCCUGAGGUCAUUCUGGAGCUUGGCUGGAGCCAACCCUGCGAUGUCUGGAGCAUCGGCUGCAUCAUCUUUGAGUAUUAUGUGGGUUUCACCCUGUUCCAGACACACGACAACCGGGAGCACCUGGCCAUGAUGGAGAGGAUCUUGGGGCCAAUUCCUUCUCGGAUGAUCCGGAAGACCAGGAAGCAGAAGUAUUUCUACCAUGGCCGUUUGGACUGGGACGAGAACACCUCUGCUGGCCGUUACGUUAGGGACAACUGCAAGCCGCUGCGGCGCUACCUGACCUCUGAGGCUGAGGACCACCACCGCCUUUUCGACCUCAUUGAGAGCAUGCUGGAAUACGAGCCGUCCAAACGCAUCAGCCUGGCUGAAGCCCUCAAGCACCCAUUUUUUGACGUGCUGGAGAUGGAGCCGAGCACAAAGAUGUGGGACUCUAGCAGAGACAUCAGCCGGUGACGCCACAGGUGCCAUCCUGCCCUCAGAUUUUAGCCCCCGUGGAGGCCUGUGCGAUUUCUAUUCAGACAUUUGGUGCUUUUUUCCUUUCUUUCUUUUUUUUUUUCUUUUUUUUUUUUUUUUUUUUUGAUACAUACAAAUCUCCCUGGACGUGUUUGUAAAGCUGUUAAUAUGUGAGAUACUGUAAAUAGCUCAUAUUCUAUAUCGGCCUCUGAGCACUGCAGGCCCCACCUCCUGCUGCCAACAUUGCCAGGGGGCGAGGGGGGGCUGCAUGUCCAUACUGUAAAUACUUUUGUUCACGUGUUGCUUUGUCUCCUGCUCAACCCUGCGCCCCUCAGUGUACAGAACCCAGGACUUGCAGCUCUCUGUAGCUUCUCUUGUUUCCGUGUAAGUUAUGAAACUGGUGGGACUGCAUGGGAAUUAUUUUUUUGGAUCGCUGUCAUAGCCCAUCCUCACACCAGAGUUUUAUAAGGAUUUUGUACAGUCUUUGUGGGAAAAUAAAUAUGAAGUGAAGAAACUUCUAGGGCCGUGCGUGGAGGGGUGGCAGGGUUCUAUUGGGGCAGACAGACACGGACUGCUCUGCAGGAUUGUAGCGCUGUGCUGGU